CAACCUCGACCUUCCUCGGCUGUCCAAGUAUUCUCUCUCUCUCUCUCUCUCUAGAUCUGUGCCUCCCUUCCAUGGCCGACCAACUUCUCUCCACCGCUCCUGACUACCAUAGCCUCCCGGAGAACUACAUCCGGCCGGAGGAUCAAAGACCUGUUCUCACUGAAGUCGUCAGCGACGCCCACAUCCCCGCCAUCGAUAUGGGGGCUCCCGAUAGGUCUCACGUUGUCUCUCAAAUCGGCCAUGCCUGCCGAUCUUACGGCUUCUUCCAGGUGGUGAACCAUGGAGUGCCAGUUGAGCUGAUGCUGAGGUUGCUGGUGGUCGCUCGAGAAUUUUUCCACCUCCCUCCGACGGAGAAGGCCAAGCUCUACUCGGAUGAUCCAACCAAGAAGGUAAGGCUGUCAACAAGCUCCAACAUCCGGAAGGAGACGAUCCGUAAUUGGCGAGACUAUCUUCGUAUCCAUUGCUACCCUCUCGAGGAGUACGUGCCGGAGUGGCCUUGUGAUCCUUCUUCUUUCAAGGAAGUCGUCAGCGCGUACUGCAAGGAAGUCCGUCAACUGGGCCUUCGUCUCCUGGAAGCAAUAUCUCUGAGCUUAGGUCUGGAGGAGGACUGCUUGGUGAAGGCGCUGGGCGAGCAAGGACAGCACAUGGCCAUAAACUACUACCCCAGGUGCCCGCAGCCGCAGCUCACAUACGGUCUGCCAGCCCACACGGAUCCGAAUGCUCUCACAAUUCUACUGCCGGAUCCGGACGUGGCUGGCUUGCAGGUUCUUAAAGAUGGCCGAUGGAUCGCCGUAGAUCCCCUUGCCCACGCAUUUGUCAUCAACAUCGGCGAUCAGCUACAGGCGUUGACCAAUGGUAAGUACAAGAGUGUUUUGCACCGAGCUGUGGUAAACCCAGAGAAGGAAAGGAUAUCGGUGGCAUCAUUUCUCUGUCCGUGUAACUAUGCAAUCAUCAGCCCUCCAGAGAGGCUCAUCAGCGAGGGAUCUCCGGCCAUGUACAGGAGCUACACUUACGAGGAGUACUACAAGAAGUUUUGGAGCAGGAACUUGGAUGAGGAGCCCUGCUUAGAGCUGUUCCAAAGCUAAUUGUACAAACGAAGGGACAGCCGAAACCAAAUAAAAGUAUAUUUUG